UUAUUCUUUUUAAGGCUUGGAAAUAUUCUAUUGGAUAUAUGUACCUUAUCUUCUUUAUCCAUUCAUCUGUUUAUGGACCUUCAGGUUGCUUAACAACAACAACAAAUGAAUAUUGGGCUGCAUGUAUCUUUUUAAUUAGAGUUGUCUUUUCAGGCAUAUUCCCAGGAAUGGGAUUGCUGGAUCAUAUGGUAGCUGUAUUUUUAGUUUUGGGGGAAAUCUCCAAACUCUUCUCCAUAGUGGUUGCACCAGCUUAGUAAUACGAUUUCCAUCAACAUUGUAGGAAGGUUCCCAAAAGGAGAAAGCUCCACACACACAAAAUUUUGUACCACUUCCUUGUAUCACCUUUUCAAAAAUUAGACAAAUAAUAAAUAUGUGCCCACAAAAUAUUACAAAGGAUUCAUAGGAGAGGCAGAUGAGCCUUCCAGAGUGGGGAGCUUCAUUGGGCAAAGGUUUAGGAGUGGGGCCACCCAGAGCCCCACAGUGGGGGCCUGGCACUUGGGAUUCAAACCCUGCCCUACCCCUUACCAGCUGUGUAUUCAUGUCUCUAAGCCCCAUUGCCUCAACUAAAACACACAGGAUGACUUUUACCUUCUAGGGACUUGGGGAGAAUAAAAUUCAAUCAAGAAGAUAAAAUACACAUCCCAGUGCCUGCUUGACAUGUUCUUCCUCACUUGAACCCUGGGCCAGUUGGUGGUAUGCUGAAUGUAAGGUGGCUUCUCAGAAAACUCCCAGCUGGGGCCUGGAUUCUCUGGACACCCUGCGUGGGCAGGAUGUUCCCAUCUGCUUCCUAGUUCUGGAGUUCCAAUUGGAGGAUCAGAUACCAGUUCCUGUAUAGUGUGAGUCACUUAAGAAGACCUCUGGCAUCCCUGGAGUGCAGGCCCUGAAAAACCUCCAGGCCUCUCCCAUGGAUCUGUGAUCGAGGUGGGCAGCCCUCCCAGCAGCCCGGGACAGCCGUCUCCGGCCGGCGGCAUGUGGCUGCGGCGCGUCUCCAGCACGGCGGUGACCGCGCUCCUGCUGGCGCAGACCGGCCUCCUGCUCUUCUUGGUCUCCCGGCCCAGACUGCCGCCCCCGGCGAGCGGCGAGGAGCGCGUGCACGUGCUGGUGCUUUCCUCGUGGCGAUCGGGCUCGUCCUUCGUGGGCCAGCUCUUCAGUCAACACCCCGACGUCUUCUACCUGAUGGAGCCCGCGUGGCACGUGUGGGCCGCCCUGUCGCAGGGCAGCGCCCUGGCGCUCCACAUGGCGGUGCGCGACCUGGUGCGUUCCGUCUUCCUGUGCGAUAUGGACGUGUUCGACGCCUACCUGCCGUGGAGGCGCAACCUGUCGGACCUCUUCCAGUGGGCGGAGAGCCGGGCGCUGUGCUCGCCGCCCGCCUGCAGCGCCUUCCCGCGCGGCGCCAUCAGCAGCGAGGCGGUGUGCAAGCCGCUAUGCGCGCGGCGGCCCUUCGGCCUGGCGCAGGAGGCCUGCCGCUCCUACAGCCACGUGGUGCUCAAGGAGGUGCGCUUCUUCAACCUGCAGGUGCUCUACCCGCUGCUCAGCGACCCCGCGCUCCGCCUGCGCAUCGUGCACCUGGUGCGCGACCCGCGCGCCGUGCUGCGCUCGCGCGAGCAGACGGCCAAGGCGCUGGCGCGCGACAACGGCAUCGUGCUGGGCACCAACGGCAAGUGGGUGGAGGCCGACCCGGAGCUGCGCGUGGUGCGGGAGGUGUGUCGCAGCCACGUGCGCAUCGCCGAGGCGGCCACGCGCAAGCCGCCGCCCGCCCUGCGCGGCCGCUACCGCCUGGUGCGCUUCGAGGACCUGGCGCGGGCGCCGCUGCCCGAGAUCCGAGAGCUGUACGCCUUCGCGGGCCUGAGCCUCACGCCGCAGCUCGAAGCCUGGAUCCACAACAUCACGCACGGUGUCGGGCCCGGCGCGCGCCGCGAGGCCUUCAAGACCACGUCGAGGGACGCGCUCAACGUCUCGCAGGCUUGGCGCCACGCCCUGCCCUUCUCCAAGAUCCGCCGUGUGCAGGAGCUGUGUGCUGGCGCGCUGCAGCUGCUGGGCUACCGGCCCGUGUUCUCCGAGGACGAGCAGCGCGACCUCAGCCUGGACCUGGUGCUGCCGCGCGGCCCGAGCAGCUUCAGCUGGGCCUCGUCCACUGCCGAGCGCCCUGGGCCGUAG